UGUGUGUGAGAGUGUGUUUGAAUGAGUGUGUGUGCUGACAGCAGCUGGCCGAGGUGACAUUUAUCAGUUUCAUUCGUUUGACAUAAAUGAAAAGCUUGAAAAUCCGGAUAAUUACAUGAACCAGCGAUGCCCUGUGUACAAACCCAGUAUGCAUCCCUGCCCCAUGACACCUACUUCAGCUCUGAGUUCUUGAAUCCUGACCUCAGUGCCAAACUGGUGAUGGACAUCAAUGGCCAAAAGGACCAGCUGUCUACAUCUUCGUUGCCUAGCAUCAACACCUUGGUGGGAAAUGGCUAUGUGGGGGAGUUUGAUGCUUAUUCCUGCAAGAUUACCACCUCUCCUCCCGCCUCUACAGUUUCAUUCGGCCACGCCACAGUAGCUGAAAACUCCUGCCCUCAGAUGCAGAGCCAAGCCUUCAAGCUGGAUGAUCUCCAGGUGUAUGGCUGUUACCCAGGUUCCUUUGCACUCAGCUGCCUUGAUGAAACGCUCUCAUCAUGUGGCUCUGACUACUACGGCAGCCCAGUUUAUGCUGCUGCUUCCCCUCCAACAUCGGGCUUUCAGGCCCAGUCCGCACCUGUCUGGGAUUCCCCUUUCAGCCCCUACCCCUCAGCCGCCUCGUCCUCUGCGGCUGAUAAGGCGGCCAUGGCCCAGCAGUUCUCUUUUUUCACCUUCAGCCCCACACCAGAGCAGCACUCGCCCCUGGGGCAGCAUCAGGACGCUCAGCCCGGCCACGACGACCCAUUCUUCCUGCCCCCUCAGCAGCAUGUCUCUCCACUUCACUGUCCCUCCAUGUCUCUGGAGCACGGAGCCCUGGAAAGCCCCAAUAUAGUGGAGGGGGGCAUGACGUCCCCUAAAACCCACAACCCAGGGUCCAGUGAGGGCCGCUGUGCAGUUUGUGGUGACAAUGCAUCAUGCCAGCACUAUGGAGUUCGCACCUGUGAGGGAUGCAAAGGUUUCUUCAAGCGAACUGUACAGAAAAAUGCAAAGUAUGUGUGCCUCGCCAAUAAAGACUGUCCUGUGGACAAGAGGAGGAGAAACCGCUGCCAGUUCUGUCGCUUCCAAAAAUGUCUCGCAGUGGGAAUGGUCAAAGAAGUUGUCCGCACAGAUAGCCUCAAAGGUCGCCGGGGUCGUCUGCCCUCCAAACCCAAGACUGUGGCCGAGGCUUCAUCCACAACCCCCAGUGUCAACAUCAUAGCCUGUCUUGUCAGGGCUCAUUUAGACUCAAACCCAACCAUUGGAAAGCUCGACUACUCCAAGUACCAGGACACAGUCGGCAACCUGAAAGAAAAGGAGGAUGCCGGUGAUAUCCAGCAGUUUUAUGACCUGCUGACCGGAGCUCUGGAUGUAAUAAGGAACUGGGCUGAAACCAUCCCAGGAUUCACAGAUUUCUGCACAGAGGACCAGGAGCUGCUCCUUGAAUCAGCCUUUGUUGAGCUCUUCAUUCUGCGACUUGCAUACAGGUCAAAUCCAGAGAAGAACAAGCUGAUCUUCUGCAACGGUCUGGUCCUCCACCGGCUGCAGUGUGUUCGCAGUUUUGGCGACUGGAUUGACUCCAUUAUGGAUUUCUCCCAGAACCUUCAACGCAUGAACUUAGACGUCUCCUUGUUCGCCUGCCUCGCAGCUUUAGUUAUCAUCACAGAUCGUCAUGGCCUCAAAGAGCCCAAACGGGUCGAGGACUUUCAGACUCAUCUCAUCACUUGUUUAAGGGAACAUGUGAGUGGGAACGGAUCAGAUGCAAGCCGGACCCAGCCCAACUAUCUUUCCCGCCUUCUGGGUAAACUCCCCGAACUGAGGACUCUGUGCACACAGGGCCUGCAGCGCAUCUUCUACCUGAAACUGGAGGACCUGGUCCCCCCUCCUCCAAUAGUGGAGAAAAUCUUCAUGGAUACUCUGCCGUUCUGAAAAAACAUGAACACAAAUGUGUUCUUUGUAAAAAAUAAUAGACUCACAGCACCUAAUGUGAGGUUUCAUCCUUGAACUCUACUGGUGAACCUCCUUCUAUCACUCUCACUUGUGUGCUGACAGAUGUCUGACAUUGUUCAAGAGACCAUUAUUUUUCUAACAUUAAGUUUUGAAUAUGGUACCUGUGUGAGUACCACGUUAAGAUUUAUUUCAGUUCAAUGAAACUCUCACAGACAGCUGAAAUGGUAUUAACAGUUCAGAAUUCAGUUUUAUAUAUGUUUUUGUGUGCAUUUGUAAAAUGACUUUAUUGCUGUGCUGGAUGUGUGAAUAUUGUCUUGCUAUGCAGCUAAUAAGACAUGGAUAUUUGGGCCGAUGCAAUGCAGUGUUACAUACUCAGCUGAAAACAACAGAAACACACUAAUCUCUUACAAAGCAUGUUUUAAAAGUUGCUUUAUGAUCCCAUUUAGAAGCUGAGAUCGUAGAUCAUUUUGGUAGAAAAAAGCGGGAGGAAUCACUCGUCCUGUUUCUUUAAAGAACUGUGAAGUCCUGCUUUUCAAAAGGGAAAUAUUUACUAUUUUCUUUGUUUCACAAAAGAUAGUUUAAGUCCCAAUCCUGCUCCUGUGGAAGGUCUUGGACCAAAGUUUACUCUUAUUUUGAUACUACCACUCAUAAACCUUAUUGCCUUAAGCUAAACAAAAUGUUUUGCCAUAAGUCCAUGCUGCCAUUGUGCAACACCUCGUAAAGGCUGAUGCUGGGAGGGCUCCUGUUAAACAUGUCCCUGUAACAACAUACUUUGUUGGACAAAAAUGGACUUGCUGGAUAAAAAAUAUAAAGUGCCUUUAUGAAGCCGCAGUCCUCGAACCAUAAUAAGUGACACUAAGUUAAUUUUCAUUCCAAAUAUCACGAAACAUACACAGAGCCCUAUUUAGUCUAGUGGAAUAGUCAAUUUCAAAAUUAAUUUCAUAUUUUAAUAUGACUUCCUGUGUGUGCCAGCUUUUGAUAUGAAGUGCCUGUGGCACUAGUCAGUACACUUGACAAAGAGCAGAUAAUACUUGAACACACUCUUCACACGACUAAACUGGGAGGACAUCAAGUGAUGACAGGUGGUUUAGGAUCUACGAGAACUAAAUCCUGUUCACAUGUUCCUGAGCCAAUGAAAUUCAUAGCUGCAGCAGAGCUGUCCCGUUUAAAAUUAUAUUAAGUCGAAGCACAUUUCAGGGUCCCCCUGUACCCACAUUUACACCCAGCGAACUCUUUAUAUCAUUUGUUUUUACCCAACAGUGCUUGAAAACCCUUGACUGGCUACAAAUACAUCAACCCUACAUGUGUUCAUAAAGCUCUCCUACUGUCUUCCACAUUCUUCUGAGUUUUUAUAUGUUGCAUUUAUUUUGUAUUUUCAUCUCAAAAUGAACUAAAGAAAUAUCUUAAGGAAUCACAGUGAAUUGUGAUGAUCUUCUCAGCUAAGAGCAGCUAAGAGCACUUCAAACAGUGUUCAAACAAUAUGAAGAACACUUCUUUCCCCUCCUGUAUGUGUUUUGUUUGGGACAUGUGUGUGUGGACUUUGAAAAUACUGCCAGGGCUUUGGUAAAAUGGUGCAGAAGUGUUAAAACACAAAGAAUAUUUGAUAUUAAA